GAAAGGUCGGAUUUCAUCGAAGGAGUAACAGCAAGACUUGUUGAGAAAAGAAAACCUGUCUGGAAUCCUUCAAAGUUAGAAGAUAUAUCUGACGAUGCAAUAGAAAAUUUUUAUUUUGAAUCUUCGGAAAAACAUCAUUUGAAUUUAUUAAAUAUACGGUCUUUUGAGAAUUAUCCGUAUUCUAGGUUUGCACUACCAACUGAAGAAGAAAUUCGAAAAGUUGUUACUGGUGAAACACCGGAUGCAGGAUCGGUAAGCAUGACUCAACAAGAGAUUGUCGAUUUCUUUCUCAAAGAUCGAAAGUCUAAAAUAGGUGUUCGAGAAAAAGUAAUGGAAGUUCUAAAUAGAAAAACCACACAGAUUGAUAACCAUGAAGGAUUAAAGUGGAUUAACGAACAUUAA